AGCCUGCUUCCGUAGUGGAGGUUUGGAGGAUAUUUGAUCACCUCUUUUACACAAUAAUACUGAUUAAGCAGACACACCACAAGGAACCUGUGAGAUUUUUUGCUUCAAAUGUUUGCUUUUAAGUGAGUUUCCUUCGCUAAACCACAGUAUAAGCUAUUGUUGUUUUAAGAAGUUUACUUAUCAGAGUCAGUGAAAUAUGCUUAGUGGUGGACUACACCUUUGCAUGGGUCCUAACGGUCCUAACAUCUACGGAAGCCACGACACUUGUUUAUUACAGUGUCUUAAGGUCUACAGACAGGAUGAUCUACAUCAUAAUGGGAGUCUCAGGCUGCGGGAAAAGUGCCUUAGGGGCCUUCCUAUCGGAGAAGCUGGGCUGGCCUCUGCAUGAAGGGGAUAGCUUCCAUCCACAGGGGAACAUUGAGAAGAUGGCUCGAAGUGAACCACUUACAGACCAGGAUAGAUUACCCUGGCUACUCAAACUACAUGAAGUCAUUGAGAGAGAGAGGAGCUCCGGCUCUGAUGCCCUGGUGGCGUGCUCCGCCCUGAAGCGUCUGUACAGACAGAUCCUGCUCCACGGCUCCAAAGCCUUCCCUUCCUCCGGUCCAGACCAAGAUGGCCUGCCUGCCUCCUCUCCUGAUGUCUGUUUUCUCUUUCUUUAUGGAGACUACGAUCUCAUUCAGCAGAGAAUGGUGGUCCGGAGGGGACAUUACAUGAAAGCAGAUCUGCUGCGUUCACAGUUUGAUGUUUUAGAGCCUCCGCUGGAUAAAGAGAACGUGUUGCCACUGGACAUCAGGAGGAGCAUCACAGACAUGGCCAUGGAGGUGGAGAAGCACAUAGUCAGCCUCAAGUUGUCACCAAGGCCUUAAACACAGACCAUAUCUAGGUCAUACCGAGUGAAGUGGGGGGCGAGUUUUGGUUUUCAUCUACUCAUUACUGCUUCAGUACAGAAUGUUCCUGUGAUGCUAAAAACGUUUUAAAACACAGCCACAGUGCCAUUCCAGUAUAUUCCUGCUAUAUUUUGAUAUUAAAGGGUUUGAAUCGGACCAUUUUUUGGGGUGAAAAAUUACCUUCCAAUAGUGUGCCAAAAAAGAAAAAGGCUAGUCGUGGAUAUUAACUACAGUAUUUUGAACUCAAGAGCAGAACUGUGAAAGUAUUGUAAAUAUUUGCACUGUAACGACACACUGCUUCAGCAAUUUUGUCGUGAAAAAUGGAGAGACUACUUGACUUCAAUAAAACAUGUAACAUGUUUUCUGGAGUUUGGAACUUGGCAUUAGUUGCAAGUGAUUGCAGAUCAUGUUUUUCUUUGAUUUAAUCUGUCACACCACCUUUCAUGCACUGACAUCGCCUGCAAAAUGCACCAAAUAAUCUUAAAGUACAAUCUUCACACCAAAUUAAAGUAAAACAGUAAAAGGGAUUCAGAGUUAAACAUGAACUGCUACUCACUGUAAGGAGCUCCUCUGACCACAGGUUGAAACCGCACUAAAGGUCAGAUCAGGUCAAGGCUUCACGAUCCCGUUUCCUGAUCCAUAAAAUCAUCUUUAAGGACACUCAUACACACACAUGACCCCUCACACACUCCCCCCAACACACACCUCAACUCAGCACUUGGGCUGUUUUUGUGGAGUGACUCAUCUGCAAACCUCAACUUGAAUAUUUUAGGAGCUUCUAAUCCAGAAAACCCCUUUGGCUACUCUCAUAUCUCACACAUGCAGACGAAAGGGUGCAUAUACACACAGCCACACACACACAUACAUCACAGGAGAUUAAAACCCCCUCAGUCUGGCAGCAACAGACAAACACACAUAGGUUGUCAAGUGGAUCACAUACACACAUAUCUGAUGUCAGAGUACGUGUCGUGUAUUAGUCCACCCCGUGUCAGAGUAAGGACACAAAAGCAGGGAUGAAAACAGCAACACACAUCCUAUUAUGCACUAAAAAUCGUUUUUUCUUCAUUUGUUAUUAGUUUAUAUCAAUAUAUUUGCAAAAAAAUUGUUUGAGGUGAACAUGGAGACACAUAUUUCAGUCUCAUAAUUUACACUUAAUCUAAAUACAUUUGUUAGAUAUGACAUAUUUGUGCACAAUUCCAGCUGGUCAAAUGAAAACAGUUGAUAUUAUUGAGGAGGUUAAGUGUAACUGCUCCCCUCUAGUGUUUGUAGUAUAAAAGUACAACAGUAGAUUUUAGAUGUGCUGAGAUUAGCAUGGCUAUGGGGUUUCAUGGUGGGAUUAUCUCUCAAAUUUAGCGAAGGUGGAUUACAUGUAUACAAUGAUUUAUUAGAUAACUGCUCUUAUCAAUAAAAAGAUGGGAAACCA